ACUCAACUUUUGGUCAACAUUUGUUCAAAAGGUAUCAUUGCCAACACAUAUACAAUGUCACCCGCCACGGAAGGUGUCUACCUUGAUCCUGUUGAGGGCCACGAGCACACCCACACCGUCAUCAUCCUUCACGGCAGAGGCAGCAACGGCGAAGAGUUUGCGGAAGAGUUCCUUGAAUGCGAAGUCUCCCAAGACCUGGCACGCAUCUUGGCCGUCUUGGCUCAUCCAGCCGAUGGUCCUGAGCAACCAAACGACCCCCUGGACGAUAUCCCAGCGCGACCAUUACCCCCUCGAACCCUCCGAGAACUGUUCCCAACUUUCAAAUGGGUCUUCCCUACCGCACCAUCUUCCCCAUCAGACCAGAACCCGAACGUGUAUCCGGAACUGCAGGAACCGGGCCUGUGCGAGAGCAUCGACUACAUCAACGAAUUUAUUAACGAGGAAGCCGACUACGUUCCAUUUGACAACAUCUUCCUGGGCGGUAUCAGCCAGGGAUUCGCAGCAGUCGUCGCGACCCACCUGCACGGGUGUGGAAGCUUUGCUGGUCUCUUUGGCUACGCUAGCUGGGCGUACCCCGGUCUAGCACCUUUCGAAGUCCCAGCAGGUCUUGGUGGCGGCAAUGGCAUUUGGAAAAUAAAGUGUGGUGAUGCGGACUACCAGAUGGCACACACGCCCAUCUUCCUUGCUCACGCCCUCAACGACGAAGUGGUUCCGGUGAAGAACGGAAGGGCCCUAUAUAGGGCCUUGCGUAACAUAGGCAUGAAAGAAGUCGAGUGGCACGAGUAUCAAUAUGGCGGCAACUGGUUCACUGAGCCCGAAAGCAUAGAUCAUCUCGUUUCCUUCCUCAUGCGCAAUAUGGGCUCCACGGAAGAUGGCUCUACGGAAGGCGAGUCUACGUAAGAUGACUCCAAGGAGGUUGAACAGUAGUCUGGUAAGGAAGAUAUCUGAUUUUGUAGGGGGGCGAGAGCAGAAAGGUCUUGAUUGGAGACCAGCGAACAGCGACAUGCUCCAGGCCUUUUCAAAGCGGAACCAGCAUACGGUCGGGAGCAGGAAGUAU